GCAAAUUAUUAACCCUCUACUACCACUAUGUACAUACUUAUCUACCUACCUGCCUCCUAUACCGUUUCCUCUUAUAGGAGGAUCAGCUUAUCUAAGAGCUGAGUGUGCUGAGAAGCUGCUUGCUGAAUCAGUACCUUGGGAGUCUGUGUCAUGGCACCCAAUAUAUCCUAUCGUAUUCGACCCUAUUGCGAACACCGUCUCCAUCCCCUCAUCUCGGCUCCAAUGAUGAGCGCCACCUACACCACUCCGCCUCAAUGAGCCGGUAUCAUCAUAUUGCCUCUAAGUGACCAAGCUAGCGCCAAGCAAUAUAUAAGGACGAUGGUUCUGCACGUCAAAUCGACGAGAUAUGAUACCCAGCAAGCAUCUCCUCAGCUGCCCCCAAUAAACAACCCUUCGGAACAUUGAGCCUUGUACCCACCAUUCAUCAUGCUGUCUCUAUUCCAGCUCACUCUCGCCAUCGUGGCCGUCUUCCAAGGUGCCCUCGCAUCCCCUGUUAGCGAGCCUACUACGCUCCCGGGACACUACGUGUGCACAUCUCUCACGACCGUCACCAGCACCGUUCUUCCCGUGGGUAUCUGCCAGCGCCAGGAGUGCGUACCACCAACCAAGACCUGCGCGCCGGGGGAGCCUGUCAGGUCGCCAUUUUCCACCGUGACUACCACGUUGCCCGCGUGUACCGUGGAGGUGCUUGUGGAAGAGCGUUGCGGGUGUAACACCUGCGUGCCGGCCCCCACUGCUUGAGUAGGACACCUAUGAACUAAAAGGAGCCGGGGUUGUUCCGCCGUUGGCUACGCUGACGUAUGGAAUGAAGGAAGAUGGAUGAGGUCAGUAGUGUCAAUGUUAUAAUUUGGGACGACUGCUAUCGUAGCAAGGGGUAACGAUAGGUUAAGAAAAAAGGCUUUAGCCAUGUUAGUGUUUCAAUCAACUACCUCAAAAGCUAGCUACGUUGCUUGCCUGCUCUGCUUCCCAUUGGGUACGGGCUUCUCGUCCUAUACUUGAUACCGUAGAAUCUGCCAUCUAUUUAUUUACGAUGCUACCUUGAUGUCAUCAUGGUGUUGCUUAGUCUACUAAUG